AUGAAUCGCUCGUCCGUGAUUGAUUUGACGGACGAGUCGCCCACAUCUCAGCCUCGCUCAGUCCCAGAUGAAGAUGUAUCUGUUUUGAAUGUGCGGCUUGUAUCGCCGCCAUACCGCACGAGACGGCGACGACAGCGGCACCCGGUAGUGGAUGUGGAUGCGAUGCCUGAGGCGCCAGCAGGCCAACAUAUCCAUGAGGGCAUUCCUCCUGGGCCGUAUACCCGACGCGUACGCCGAGCGCCCGUGUCACAUGCCGACCGUACCCGACUCAUGGAACGACUUGAAAUGCUUGCCUCGCGCUACGUGGCGCGUGCCCACCAGCAUGGCUCGCCGCCUCAGACGCUCUUGCGACCAUACGCAGAAGCACCUGCUGUCACGUGUGGCCAUGCUAUGACGCCACCAGCGCUACCAAAGCGCUUUGAUCGUACUUGGACGCACCCUCUCGCGCCGAGUCCAGGUUUUUCGCAAAGUAUUAUCGAGCCCGCUAUCGACGUCGAGCGGGUCUCGAGUGGCGAUCGCGAUGCCGUCGCUCCGAUACCAAAUACGACGCCUAUCUGCGCGCGAUGCCAACACGCGCUGAUCCUCAAUGGCGUGGGCGAGGACCGGAUCUGGGCCUUGCCAUGUGGUCAUGUCAUUGACGGGCGAUGCGUCGCACAGCUCAGCGACGCAGCAUCUGGCAAGCGCCAUGUAUUUACGUGUCCCGUGCCGCAGUGCAAGCAGCGGUGCCACCCCGAGCCGGGGCACAGCCAUUCCUGCAUAGAAGUGUACAGUUGA